AAAUGUGAUUAUAUGAUGAUGCUGUAGCUUGGUGCUGCCUCUGAAAUUUUACUGACAGGUAUUCUGGGAGCUACCGGGGAAUUCCUUUAAGACUGAAAGUCCCAUAGGACGUUUAAUGCUUUGACCUUUGACUGGCAGCGAAUGACAAAUCAAAGGUCGGUAUCGGAGAGAGGAGCCGGAGUUCAAAGCGCAUCUCCACUACGGCACAAGACGGCGCUCCCGGGAGAAUGGUAGACAGCGCACUGAAAGUUGGUCGAUAGCGGUGGAGACAGCUUCAGUGUCGGCAGAGGGAGCAGCGGGAGCAGCGCACUCGGAGGCUCCAUAGCGGCCACACUUGGACCGAAGGCAGGCCCGCUGAGAGAGGAAGACUGCAGCACCAUGGACAGCUCAGGUCCCUUGUCUCCAGAUAUGGAGGCCAACUAUGGCGGAGGACUGUUGGAUAUGGUGAAGGGAGGAGCCGGGAAGUUCUUCAGCAACUUCAAAGACAACCUGAAGGAUACGCUGAAAGACACCUCCACCAAGGUCAUGCAUCAAGUUGCCACGUACACUAAAGGGGAGCUGGACAUUGCCUACAUCACAUCACGGAUUAUAGUGAUGACAUACCCAGCAGAGUCAGUGCAGAUUGGCUACCAGAACCACGUAGAGGACAUCCGAUCGUUCCUUGAUAGCCGCCAUGCCGACCACUACACUGUCUUCAACUUAUCACAGCGCAACUACCGCGGCGCCAAAUUCUCCAACAGGGUUUCAGAGUGUAACUGGCCCUCUCGCCAGGCUCCCGGCCUCCACAACCUGUUUGCUGUGUGCAAGAACAUGCACAAUUGGCUCAAACAGAAUCCCAAGAAUGUGUGUGUCAUCACCUGCUCGGAUGGUCGUGCUCCUUCGGGUGUUUUGGUUUGUGCCAUGUUCUGCUUCUGCCACCUCUUCAACAACCCAGUUCCUGCUAUGCAGCUGCUCAGCGCCAAGAGACCAGGUUCUGGCCUCUGGCCCUCACAUCACAGGUACAUAGGCUAUGUGUGUAGCAUGGUAUCAGAGAAGCCCAGUCUACCCCACUCCAAGCCCUUGAUGAUCAAGGCCCUCACUAUGAGUCCGGUUCCCUUCUUCAACAAGCAGCGUAGCGGCUGUCGGCCCUUCUGCGACGUCCUCAUCGGAGAGACCAAGAUCUUCACCACUUCACAGGAGUAUGAGAGGAUGAGAGAGCACAGGGUUCAAGAGGGGAAGGUAGUUUUCCCUCUGGGUGUAAGCGUUCAAGGUGAUGUUGUAGUUUCUGUCUACCACAUGAGGUCAACCAUUGGAGGACGUCUGCAGGCAAAGGUGUCCAACACCCAGAUCUUCCAGAUCCAGUUCCACACUGGCUUCAUUGCUCCUGGAACCACCAUGUUAAAGUUUAACAAACCAGAGCUGGAUGCAUGCGACUCUCCCGAGAAGUAUCCCCAGCUCUUCCAUGUGAUUUUUGACGUGGAGGUCGAGGGGGUGGACAAGCAGAAAGACCUGACGCCACCGUGGGAGCAGUUCCCCUGUAAAGACCUCAACCCCACUGUGCUUUUCUCCUGCCACCAGGAACAUCAGGACGCGCUCGCUAUUGCUGAGCCAACCAGGCCCCACGGAGGCCCAGAUGGUAGGGCCCAUGGUGAAGAAAGUGAGCCCUCAGAUGAUGAGAUGCUGUCUCUAUCCAGCCAGCGAAGCAGCACCAGUACAGCCCCCCAGAAACCCGACCCCCCUGCUCCAACACAUGCUGCCCAAGCACCCGCUGAGGAAGUGGAUCUUCUUGGACUUGAUGGAGGGAUCAGCACUCCAUGUCCCUCAUCUCAGCCUCUGAGUACUGCAGCUCCAACUACUGACCUCCUUGGGGACUUGUUUGGGGGUCCUCCCCAGCCAACCAGUGGGGCUUCAUCCACCCAGUCCACACCACACAAAGUAGCCCCCAGCACCGCCUCACCAUGUCCCUCUCCUGCCCGACCAGCGUUUGAUCCCUUUGGGACGGGUCCCAUGCCUAAGCCUCAGGAAAUGAUGGGCUCACUCCUUGGACAAGGUAACAUGGGGCAAUCAGACCCCUUCCUGCAUGCUGCUCGCUCUCCAUCACCCACCAUGCAGCCUACAAGCCUGGGUCGGAGUUCCCCCAUCCCGCCCACCGCUCCAACUGUCAACAUUCAGCAACAAAAUGCCAAGGGAGGCUGGGACUGGAACAAGACCGCUACCACAAACACAGGAGCUGGAUUCGGUAUAGGCAGUCGAUCAGCCACUACCAGCCCCACAAGCUCGGUCCACAGCACCCCCACCCAUCAAACCAAGCCAAACACCCUGGACCCAUUCGCUGACAUAGGCAACCUGGGGGGAAGCUUUGGAGGCGGCUCUGGCUUCUCCAGCAAGCCCACCACUCCUACAGGAACAACCCCUUCAUUUCCUCCCAUGGGCUCCCCAUCGCGGCCUCCUCCAUCUCCCCAGCACACAGGAGGAUGGCAGCCCCACACGGGAGCUGGCUUCCCCUCGUGGCAGCCGGGUGCUGGAGGCGGUGGAGGAUGGCAAUCCCAAGGACAAGGCCCUGCCCCACAGCCAAAACCCAGCCCUAGCCACACCCCCAUGCCUCACACGUCUCCCCAGAAUCGACCCAACUACAACGUCAGCUUCUCUGCAAUGGGAGGAGGCUCACCCAGUGCUGGAGUCAAAGCACAGAGUGCCAUGGGUACUAAGCCCAAGGCCUCGGCUGCCAACUUUGAUGACCUGCUCUCUGGUCAGGGCUUUUCAGGGACCAAAGAGAAGAAAGGGCCCAGGACUAUAGCAGAGAUGAGGAAGGAGGAGAUGGCCAAAGAGAUGGACCCUGAGAAAAUAAAGAUUCUGGACUGGAUCGAGGGGAAGGAGCGUAACAUCCGUGCCCUGCUGUCCACUAUGCAUACUGUGCUGUGGGAGGGAGAGACACGCUGGAAGCCUGUGGGCAUGGCUGACCUGGUUACUCCAGAACAGGUCAAGAAGGUCUACCGCAAAGCAGUCCUUGUCGUCCACCCAGAUAAGGCGACAGGACAACUCUAUGAACAAUAUGCCAAGAUGAUUUUCAUGGAGCUAAAUGACGCCUGGUCGGAAUUUGAUAGCCAAGGACAAAAACCCCUCUACUGAGGAGAUGAUAGGAAGUGAUUGGAAGUGAGCGAUGAAGCGAUGUCCCUGCAGAUUCUGUUAUCUAACCUGAAAUGUGUCACCACUCUGGUCAACAUACUACAGCCACAACCCACAACAUCUGCCUUUAUACCUGUGCUUUGACCCAUGCUUCUCUUCUCGACACGCAAACACAAAACAUCCAGUUGGCUGCAGAACUACAGUGUCCAGACUAAACAGUGUAACUAAAGAAAAGACUCCCUGUAGCUCCAGUUUACCUACCUACUCUUUGUGGUGCAACAUUGUCCUUCCUUGUCGAUUGUCCAUAGCCCUGAACCAACCCAAAGCAGAGUCACCGGGAUGUCUGACAAAACAGAGCAAGUCUUGAUUCUCAGACAGACCAAAAGAAAUCAAGAGACAAUAGACACACAAGAUAAGAUAGACAAACAAAUCAGUGAGUGUAAUGAACAAGCUUUUUUUUGUUUUUUUUGCAAGCUGCUCAAAAAAGUUAUUCAGAGCGCUAACUAGUCUGUAAGGCACAGCAAAUAUUUAGCAACAAUCAAGUCAUUUUCAACACAUUCUCUUCAGGAAGUAGAUUUUACUAUGUAAUGCAUGUGAAAAUUGAAAAUGUUGUGAUAUCUAAUCCAGUUUUUAAAUGGAAGUACAAAAAAAGCAACUGCAUCAUACAUUUUUCUUUUUUUUCACUGAUUGAAGUGAAAUUGAACUUACGCCAAACCUGUUUUUCUUCACAAAUUGGCUAUUUGGAAAUACAAAUUAGCAAUUAUCUGUCUAAUUUAGAAAGUUUUAUGAAAGUGCAAAAGGAUGAAAGCAAAGAACGUUUGCUGCUUUUGAGACUAAUGCUGACUAAAGGUUUGCUUCAAUCUCCACUAGCCUUAAAAUUUAGUUUGCUUGAGAUAAUUGAAAAUGAAAAAAACUAAUUAAGAUGUUUAAAAAUGUGGGUCUCUACAAUAAAAACACGUUAGAAGGCUGCUAAAAUUUACACUCCUGACUUAGUAUUAAUAUGGUGGACGAAACAUAGUGGUGAUAUCAUUGGUACGUCUGAUCUAAUCGAGCCAUGUUUUUCUGUGUUUGCUGCAAACUGGACAUUGAAUAUUUUAGGAUUAGCACAUGUACAGAUCCAUACGUGAAGCACCUUGAGGCCUCAUGCAUUCUCGCUCAUACAGUAAUUUUUGCAUGAUAGCAACCGGGGAGCUCAGUGAAAGCACAAACUGACUACUUUAAUCUGUGCAGCUUUGAAGGAAAGCCAUUGUUAUUUAUUUAUUCAUUCAUUUUUCUUCAUGUUCAUUUUUGAUUUGUGUAUCAGGGCUGCUCCAUUUGGGUUCAAACUAAAUGCACAUGUCCUUAUCUUGUGUUUUUAAAGCUGAAUAUUUUUGGACCAUUUUCUUUCAUUCACCAACUGACUGACUGACAAACUAGCAAGGGGAGAACCUUGUCAGACCAUAUCACAGUUUUUGUCAGUAUAGCAUUUUAUAGACGUCUCUAUUGUUUUCCAAACUACAGCAAUCACAUAACUGUGCUCAAACAUCAGUCCCACAAACUCCAUACAAUGCAAUAAGAGUCAUGACUUGAUGGAUGAUUUUGUCAUAAAACGGCCUGUAAAUCAUGUCAAACUGAUGAGUGAAUUAAUAUGCUGUACUGUAUCUUAUAUCUUCAUAUUUUAAAUUCCUAAUUUCACUAAGAUUCUACAUAUCUGCUCUCACUAUCACAGUUUUAUCAAAACACUGAUUAAUUUGCAGCAGCUGCAAUAUGUUUUUUUUUCUUUGAUUACUUGAUGUCAUUUGUUUACCUUUGUGAGACAUUUCUGUCACAGCACUGACACUUUUAUUUAUAAUAAUCAUGCAGCUUUUUUCUGGACAGUUAAUACAGGUACUAUAUCAUAUCAAAUGUGAGGUACAGCACAUGUGGCUCAAUGUGUCAACCUUUUGUCAGGAGGUGUACAUGUUGCAGGUGCUGUUUCGAAUAGUUUGAAUCCAGAACAGAUGUGAACUUCUCUGAAUCUCUCCUCAUAUAAUUUCAUUAACAUACUGACUGAUGUGAUUGUUCCUCUGUAUAUUGGUCUCUCCCAUGCCUUUGGUACGUGUUUUAGGGAUAUUAUCUCCUUGUGUAAAAGUUUUUUAAAACCCUGGGAUGAAGCCCAUGGGCCAAUGACAGAAAUAUAUAAGAAAACAGUAAAUAUAUAUGACUUAAUAUUAUCAUGAAGGAAAUGAAGCAAUUCUCAAUUUUUGAAAACAUAAUUUUGUGGUUUGAGGUUCUCAAAAAAUACUAAUAUAAUUGUGACUCUAUACCAUCAACAUCUUUCAACUUUGUUUAUACAAACGUUCUACUGUAAAAUCCACUUAAAUAACACACAAUAAAAUGUGUCUUGAAUAAUUUUUAACGCACAAAUUGAGCAAAAUAUUUGCCUUCAUGUUUAAGUUCUUAACAUCAUUACUGUUUUCAUGCUUUCUGUGUGUUUUGGAGAUUGAGUUGAUGGAUAAGAUAUCUAACCAUCAUAAUGUCCCUCUGUUGGAAUUCAUUUUUAUCCAUUAUUCUUACUUUGCUCAUCUACACUUAGGAUGUUGAGUGAAUACUGACCAGUGUAAAAAGAGUCUGACUGCUGUUUCUUAAACCGGUUUGGGACCCAAAAUGGAUCAGGGGACUCAAAUAUGGUGCUCACCAUAUCACUGGAGAGAGAUUAUGAAAUGGGUCCUUGAAAAAGACUGAGUAGAACAUGUUGAAGAACUCCUACCAGACACAGAAAGUGUGUAGUAUGUGCUUCUGUGCUCUAUUUACACCGAGGACCUACAUGUGAAAUAACCCUCAUAAGCUCCCUCGCUGACUGAAUUCUCUAUCUGCAAUCUUACAGCUAUGUUAAAAGCUAACCUCUAUAUUGUAGUCAAUGGAUGUGUGUUGUUUGAAGUUGUGGUAUGUAUGGAAAUGAUCUGAUUUGGAUACAGACUACUGUACGUUAUGUGUUUGCCUGUCUGCUGUUAAAGUAUUACUAAAAUGUGUAAAAUUAUGUUCAUGUGUUCCUUUUCAGUUCUGUUUACUGUUACAGGAUGUACAUAAUGAUCAAGUGCAGUGCACAGAAAUAAAUAGUAAACA